CUUCAGUUCCUGGCUGCAACAAUUCACGCCUCGCAAAAAUAUACAUAUAUUUCUUAAAACACGCUGUCAGAACGCGUGCUUUUCUCUUAAAACGCCAUAAUGGAUUUCAGAAGUGAUACAUUCACGUUCUUAAUCCAGUUGAAACGAGUGACGACAUUUCAAAUGUGAAUACGUCAUCACUCGAAAAGUUUGUUUUCCUGAUAUUUUAACCUGUCUAUACACGCACCGAACACGCACUGUUGUGAGAAAGCGUUCCUGAACUCUUAAAUUUGCAGAUAAAGUGAAGUGCGCACAGACUUUGCCCUCGCGCGUCAGUUUAAGCGCGCGUUCCGUUACACGCAUCAGUUUAAAGGCGGGCUACAGACACUCAUGACGCUCUUUAGUUCCCGAGGUCUUUCCACGCGUUCACACUGACGACACACCCCGCACAGUGACAGCACCGAGCCCUGAAGAUAACGCAACCAAUAUCCGAGAAGACUAAAGGUUGAAGAUGGAGGCCAUUAACCACAGAGUUAACUCUUACAUCGAGUCUUGGAUGGGACCCCGGGACCCUCGGGUUAAAGGAUGGCUUCUGCUGGAAAACUACAUCCCCACGAUUACCUUCACCGCUCUGUACCUUCUGAUUGUGUGGAUGGGGCCGAAAUACAUGAAGAACCGAAAGCCGUACUCGUGCAGAGCCGUGCUGGUGCCGUAUAACCUCUGCCUGACGCUGCUGUCGCUCUACAUGUUCUACGAGCUGCUGAUGUCAGUGUAUCAAGGCGGAUACAACUUCUUCUGCCAGGACACACACAGUGCGGGAGAGGCCGACACCAGGAUGAUUCAUGUACUCUGGUGGUAUUACUUCUCCAAACUCAUUGAGUUUAUGGACACGUUCUUCUUCAUCCUGAGGAAGAACAACCACCAGAUCACGUUCCUGCACGUGUACCACCACGCCAGCAUGCUGAACAUCUGGUGGUUCGUCAUGAACUGGGUGCCGUGUGGACACUCGUAUUUCGGCGCCACGUUUAACAGCUUCAUCCAUGUGCUGAUGUACUCGUACUACGGGCUCUCCGCCGUGCCGGCCAUCAGACCGUACCUGUGGUGGAAGAAGUACAUCACUCAAGGCCAGCUGGUCCAGUUCGUCCUGACCAUGUUCCAGACGUCUUGCGCUGUGGUUUGGCCGUGUGGUUUCCCAAUGGGCUGGCUGUAUUUCCAAAUCUCUUACUGCAUGACUCUGAUCUUACUCUUCUCAAACUUCUACAUACAGACCUAUAAGAAACACGCGGGAUCUCGGAAGACCGAUCACCCGAACGGAUCGAUAAACGGCCACACUAAUGGCGUAACGUCCAGCGAGAAGGUUACACGCAGAAAGCCACGCACAGAUUGAUAUCAACGCAGUAGAAGAGCUACAUGUACAUGUGUGUCAUCUUACCGCGCUAAAGCCAUUUAAUCCUUAAGAGACUCCUUACAUGUUUGCACACUGCAACCUCAUGUUAUUCAUAUUGAAUCCAAAAAAAAAAAAAACAGGAAAAGAGUGAUAAAAUUAGGGUCCAAGUUAGUGCGUCUCAGGCGUCUAGAGUAUUUUUGUUUUCAUAUAUUUUUCUUGAAAUAUAAAGAUGGCUAACCUUAUUACUGUACUCAUUUGAGCUGGUGUUUUCACUAAACGUGUCUGUAGACAUAGUUGACCAAAUAUACUCCGGUAUGCCACACUUUUAGAGCUCAAUACACACACACACACUUCUAGCCUAUGCAAUGCGUCUUUACAGAUGAUCUGACGGUCGGUAGAUGAUAAUACGAAACCGUCAGGAGAAAUUAUAGAAGAUAAUCAGUUUUAUUGACCGUUAAUUGAUUGUUUAGUGAAUUACAGUAAGUUUACAAAAGAAAAUGGACUGUUUAUUUAAUGUUAACAGUGAUUUAACGUAGUUUGUUGUUAGCGCUGUACUGGACAGGCGAAUCUUAUUAAAACAUAUCCAUUUCAUUUCAACUUACACAUUUUUGGUGUAUUUCUCACCAUUCCCAUCCCAUUUUUUUAUUUCCAAAGUAUUACAGUAAAGGUUUUACUGUAACAUUUGUUUUCAUUACUGUAAUGCUGUAAGAGUUAGUUAAAUUUUUACAAUAAGGUUAUUAGAUAACAUUCAUUAAUCUUAGCUAAUGCUCACUGAAUCAUUAUUAAAAUCCAAAGUUGUAUAAUAUUAUUUACUGGACCUGAGCUAAAAUGAACAGUUGUAUGUUUGAUGGAUAAGUACUGUAUUUAAACGUAGUGCUCAUUGCUAGUUCAUGCAUUGGCUAAUGAGACCUUAUUGUAAAGUGCCACAGAUUAUUUCCCAAAUGUGGUAAAAUUUCAUAAAUCCAGUCAUAAAACUUUAAUAGAUUUAGGAGUGAAUGCAUUGAGAUUGAUUCAUGCAGUCCUGUGGAUGCAUCGAUAAAGAAAUAAAUUAGACCACUAAUAUAUACUUGUCUGUUGUCAAAAAUGUCGCUUUAGUGAAUCACUGCUUACACUGUAACGACAGCACAUGCAUAACCUCUGAAACGCGUUCCUGUGAGGCUGUGUGCAGUUCGUGAAGAAACUGGACAUGUGUCGACAGGUUAGCGCUCUCUGUGCCAGCAUUCCCCACAUUGUCAAGCAACGGUUUGUUUGAACACUUUUCUUAGUCUAGCCGGCUGUAACUUAAGUGUGUUAGAGUUAAACCGUUAGCAUAGAACUACAGGAAAUCAAUAUUUGUGUAACAUUGAUCUGUCAUUAAUAAAUCCUUGUCAGUUAUUGCUGUUAAUAAACAAGCCAUUCUCUCUGUUAGUGUCCAGUUUAGUUGGAUAAGUAAUAAUAUCUUGCAUUAACUGUGAUGCUUCCCUGAUAAACAAUGUAAUGCUUUUGACCCAUCCAACCAACAAGAUAACAUGUGCUAUUAAUACAGAAGAGAGAUUUAAUGAGGUGUAUCACAGAACUAUUAAUAACGGGAAGGGUUAACCGACACAAUACCAAUAAAGUGAUUUUUAUUUGGA